AUGCUAAGUUUUCGUCGGUAUAUGCCUUUCUAUCGAACUUUUUCGACAUCAUUAAGACGUCAUUUGUCCGAAUCAUCAUCACCUAUACAUCAUCGCAUUAUUUACUCAACAUCGAACAAUAUAUGGUUUAAUUUAGCCACCGAAGAAUGGCUAUCUAAUACGAUUAAACCAAAUGAACAAAUUUUAUUUUUGUGGCAAAAUGAUCGUUGUGUGAUUAUUGGACGAAAUCAAAAUCCGUGGAAAGAAUGUUUUUUAGAAAGAAUGCAUAAUGAUAAUGUUUUACUCGCUCGAAGACGUUCAGGUGGAGGUGCCGUUUAUCAAGAUCUUGGUAAUACGUGUUUUACAUUUCUUGUCUCAGCACUAACUCAUCAAAUAGAUAAAAAUGCCAAUUCAAACAUCAUUUUAAAUGUAUUAAAAAAUGUUUAUUCAAUCGAUGGAAAAAUAAUGGGACGUAAUGAUUUAGUAUUAAGUUCGGAUGGACGAAAAUUUUCUGGUUCAGCUUAUCAGUACACUCGGACGUCUGCUUUACAUCACGGAACAUUACUAUUAAAUGUUGAUUUAAACGCUAUGAAACGUUAUUUAAAUCCGAAUAAAGAAAAAUUAAAAUCAAAAGGAGUGGAUUCGAUACAGGCCCGUGUUAUUAACUUAACCGAAAUAAAUUCGUCUAUUAAACAUCAAGACAUUUGUACAGCGCUUGAAAAUGAAUACAUCAAAUAUCAUCAAAAGCAAUCCUCAUCAUCAUUCAUGAAAACCACAGAAUAUUUAUCACCAAUUGUUUUAGAUAAAAUAACAGAUUUGAAUAAUUCUUAUAAAAUGUACAGUGAUGAAAAAUGGCGUUAUGGCCAAACAUUUUCAUUCAAUCAUGAAAUAGAAAAACGUUUUCAAUGGGGAACCGUGAAUAUAUGUAUCAGUUCUGAAAGAAAUGGCAUUAUUGAUACUUGUGAAAUAUAUUCAGAUUCAUUGUUUGUUAAUGUUAUUGAUGAAUUGAAAAGAAAUAUAUCGGGUCAAAUGUAUACAGUUGAAAGUAUAAAAACAGCACUUAUGAAAGCAAAAGAGAAUGUUGAAAGUCAACAAGAAAAAGAGAUGAUUGAUGAUAUACAAGCAUGGAUUUUAACACAUAUUUGA